AUGAGGUCAUUUCUUAUUCAGCUGUUGAAAGAUCAUGAUGUACCUGGUUAUCGAACACACAAUGCAUGGAGCAAGGAUGCAUGGACAAGUAUUGCUUCUCAAUUAAAUAACAAGUUUAGUCUAUCAUAUACUGUUAACCAAGUCAAGCAAAAAGAGCAAGAUUUGAAGAAGGAAUAUCGAAGUGUUAAGGAUUUGUUAGCUGAAAGUGGCUUUGGAUGGGAUAGUGAGAGAAUGAUGUUAGAUGCACCUGAGAGUGUUUGGGCCACGUUUGCUGCUCGCAACAACAACAAGGAACCCCUCCAAUGGAAAGACAAGUCUUACCCAUACUUUGAUGAAUUAUCUACACUUUACGAUGGCCGUUAUGCUGAAGGAAGGACUCGUCGUGGUAUAGACUAUUAUGCAAGCAAGACACAUGAUGCAUUCAUCUCUAUUGAUGAAAGUACUGAUGCUUGCCACAGUCCAUCACCUAAUUUACAAGGUCCAGGUGAACCUGGUUUGGAUUUAUUUGAUAAAAAAGAAACUGAGGAUACAAAUUUGGAUGUUGCCCACCGGUCAUCAACACCAAUGCAACACAUGAAGUCUACACCAACCUGCAAACAACCUUGUCCAGAAAAGCCUAGUAAAUGUGCAAAAAGACAGAAGACAAGUCCUACUGAACCAACUGAUGGAUUUCAUGAGAGAUACCUACAAUUGAAGCAGGAAGAAAUAAAUCGAUUUGCAGCUAUUGAAGAGAGGAAACUAGAUGAUCCCUACAGUAUUAACAAGUGCAUCACAACUCUUGAAGGCUUGGAUGGUCUACAAACAAGUGACAUUCUGAUGUCAUCAGAUAUAUUCCAAUCAACAAAUAACAGGGAAGUUUUCUUGUCAUAUUCUAGUGAUGCACUAAAAUUGGCAUGGAUUAGAAGGGAGAUUGCACGGAGCAACCCAAAUUAUUAG